CGUCUGCCGUUCCUUCUAUCUCCAUUCGUUAAAGAUUAUCCCUCUCUCACUGAAUCUUCCUUGCAAACGAUCUUCCUACCAAAGUCUAAACUUCUGGUUAAGAGCCACGGUCUUUCUUGGAGUUUCUUUUGCGAAAUAUAUUUUGCUUGUAAUUCAGCGUGGACUCGGUGGGCCGAAGGGCCUCUUUCCAUUUGACUGGGUGACGCUUCGGGUGGAGACCUCUGAAGAUUCAGACAAUUGAAGCCAAGUCUGAUCUUGGACAAAACAAAACGUCUUAACUAAACUAAAUUAAAUUAAACUAAACUAAACUCAACUAAGUGCAGCUGCAUUUUCAACAGCGCAUCAGUAAAGUCAAACAGUUAAGACAAACUGUGUAGAAACUGAAGGUGCUGGCUUAUACCGAAGAUAGAUACAAAGUGCUGGAGUAACUCAGCGGGACAAGCAGCAUCUCUGGAGGAAAGGGAUGGGUGGCAUUUGAGAAAGUGGGAUAACAUAGAACUAGUGAACGGGUGAUCGCUGCUCGGCUCCGACUCGGUGGAUGAAGUUUCCACGCUGUAUGUCUAAACUAAACGGAAUGAUUUAUUCUGUUGUGCAGGGUCUGGGGACGGUCACGGUUCAAGGCCUGCUCCUGUUUUUCGUGUCUUCGUACCUUGUACAAUCUCGGGACGUCGCCCAGGGUCACUUCCAGAGACGCAACUGGACCCCUCAAGCAAUAUUGUACCUGAAAGGCGCACAGGGACGGCGAUUCAUAGCGGACGAUGGAAAAGACAGCGACCUCUUUGAGAAAAUAGAUAUCGAAACCAGAAGCCAAAACACCAACCCGUCAUCCCUGUCAGAAGCAAUGGCAGUCCUCCUUGCUUCGGUGAGACAGGCACAAGAGGGCAAGUACGUUGGCAAGCGGUCUACAAGCUCACUGCACUCUGAGAUGAGGAUGAGGAAAGUAAACAGUAGUAUGUCUGAGAAGAGAAUCCAAACGGGAGAAAAACACUCGAAAUACUUGGACUUCUGCCGAGUUUCCCUUGUUGAGCCAUUAGAUUAGACUUCAUCUUUGUGCUAUUUAACUCUGCUGGCACAAAAGAAUGUAUGCAAGUUAUUCUUUACAAUGUACAUGGUUAUGGAUAUACAACAUUUGGAUUAUCCACUUGUAUUGUCGACCAGCGAUCCCCACACUUGUAUUGUCGACCAGCGAUCCCCACACUUGUAUUGUAGCUGUUUAAUGGAUUAAAAAGCUUUCAGCUUCUUAAAAGCUAAUUAUUUUUGCCAAGUAUCAUUUUCAGCCAUCGUUGAUUCAAGUUUAAAACACAGCUUCAAAGUAGGAAAUCAAAAAUAUGUUAUCACUCAAUUUUUUAUACUAUUUCAAAUGAUCUUCUGUUCAAAAUAUGAAACAUGAUUUUGUAAUAAUAAAACAAUUCUGAUAACAUUCACAGUCUGCCAUUUCACU